AUGCCUGGCAUUCUGCCGAUGAAGAUGAUUCGGGUGGGCAGCGCAGCACAAAGUCGUAUUGCACAGGCAUGCGACAGGUGUAGGAGCAAGAAGAUUAGGUGCGACGGGGUCAGACCCUGCUGUACGCAAUGCGCAAACGUCGGCUUUGAAUGCAAGACCAGCGACAAGCUUAGUCGAAGAGCCUUUCCACGAGGUUACACUGAGUCCCUGGAAGACCGUGUCCGGGGACUAGAAGCUGAAGUGCGGGAGCUGAAGACUUUACUGGACGAGAAGGAUGAAAAGAUCGACAUGUUGUCGCGCAUACACAGUUUCUCUCCUCCAGCGCGAAAGUGUUCGGACUCUCUGUCGCCAUGUCAGGUGGUGGAGGUAAAGGCUGAAAUUGAGUCGGCCAGAGAAGAGGUCUUGCACGUCGAAAUUCCUGCGCCGGUAGAUUCCAAUGCCACGUCGACCGGGUCAACCACCACAGCUUCUUUUAUUGAGGCCUUUGACCACAAGGUACAAGAAGAUGGCCGACAAACUCAUGGAGUAUCUUCGUCUGCUCUUCAAAAGUCUGUACAGCCUACCCGACAGGGCCUUGCCUCUGGCCCCAAGAUCCCGCCGAGAAUCCUCUCUGAUCAGUAUAUCAAUCUUUUCUUCCAAGAGUGGCAACCUCUGCUUCCCGUACUCCAUCGUCCGACCUUCCUUCGUGUGUACGAGCAGUACGUUUCCAAUCCCGAUUCAGGCACCUGGCAGAGCAACAAACAAUCACUGGCCCAACUGUAUUUGAUCUUUGAGAUUUCGGCCCUGUCCAACAUCACCACAUCCAAGAAGAACGCACCUUCUUUCGAAGGUCACUGGCGCAAAGCUUUGUAUUCGACUUCUUCCGCGGCAUCGGUGUCUACUUUGCAAUGCCAUGUCCUCGCUCAGAUCUGCUACUUGUUGCGAGCGGACUCGACCCAUCUUCUCAGACAUAGAGGCAUUGCGGUUACGAUGUGCCACGAGUUAGGUCUCCACCAGGGCCACAAAUAUCACAGUCUGUCGCCACUUGAAUCCGAGACGAGAAAGAAGGUGUUUUGGUGUCAAUACGUUCUGGACAAAUUUACCUCUGCAAGCACAGGAACUCCCAUGCUCUUGAGAGACGAUGACAUCUCGGCUGAACUUCCUGCCGAAGUGGACGAUGAGAACCUCAGCACUCAAGGUUUCUCGCCUACUCUGCCUGGAGAGGUCACAAAGAUCUCAAGUGGACUCGCCCUCUUCCGCGUUACCAAAAUCCUGUCGAAAGCCUUGGACAAUCUCUAUCCUGCCAAAGCUACCUACCAACUCUCACUGAACAAGCUGCACGCUUUGUCGGACGAGCUUGACCAAUGGUCCGAGGAGUUGCCAGAGCACCUUCGCUUGCGGUUCAUCAACGAUAAGCCUGCGACGCACUUGGUCAGUGACAGGUCGCCAUUACUUUCUAUGGCCUACUUCUACACCCGUAGCCUGAUCCACAGACCUCUCCUUUGCCACAGUUCCGGAAGUUCCGCGUCGGCCGCCAAUAUCGUUCUUGCUGCAGCUGGCAAACACAUUCUCCAGAUCAUGGACCUUCUGAUCGAACGACGUAUGAGCUAUACUUUCCCUCUCAACAAGAUCGAUCUGCUUUUGAACUCUGGUCUUGCGAUCCUCUGGCAAUCCCUCGACUUGGAAGAAGACAGCAAAAUGGUCAAGGACAAUCAGAAGUCGUUGAAUUGUCUGACCACGAUGAUCCAAAACGAGAGCCCAAUUGUUGCCUUCGAAUUUCAAAAGGUGGCGGCCGCUUUUGUGUCGCUCGAUGCUCGACCUGUCUUGUCACCGAAGAGCGUGAGUCUUGACACUAUCCAGAGACGAUCAUCCCUCGUGGCUUCUGCCUCUGACUCCAAGUCCAAGUCAACUAGAAAACAACUCCAAGCCAUCGCUUCGAAAUGGUCCAGCUUCAACAACAAGACUAGAGACGACGAGGCUGGACGUCGGGCUACCGUACCUCUAACCACGCCAGCACCUCAAAUGCAACCACAUCGUGCUGCCAGCACCACAAGUCUGUCUUCGACACGAUCGGCACCUGCCAUGGCUGCGGCUGUAGCUGCGUCCGCCCCCAAUCAAUUGGCUCCCUGCCGAACUGUGGAUAACCCCAUGAUCAAUCUGGAUUAUAUGCCAAUCGGGGACGACUUUGGUGACUCCCAAACACGGACAUCGUCGAGCACCAUGCUUCCACCCAAGAAACAGGCCGCGCCCAUUGUGCCGGAUGCAAGUUGGGAUAAUUUGUUGAAUGGUUUUGACAAUGGCUCCGGAUUGUAUGCCGAUAUGAACGCCAAUGCUCUUUACCAAGUACCCAGCAAUGAAUGGACUCCGGAUGUCUGGAAUCUAACAGGCAUGGAAUUUGCGUCCAAAGCUCCUGUGCCACAAAGCUUGUUAAGCUUCUCUGAGGAAUCUCUCACCAGUGGAGAUGACUUUUUGUUGAGUGCUCCCCCUAGCAACAAUGGAUCGGCCGUCACUGGUGAGACCAUCGAUCUCAGCGAGCAUUACGGAGGAAUCACCAUUCCUGUGGACGACGAAUUUGAUGUACACGAGAUCGAAGCUUGA